AUGUUAUCGAAGUCUCUCCAAGACCUCGGGGGGAACACGCUCGCCGCGGCCGUGGCUGGAUGCUGUCAGCCGGCCAUCUUCAACCCGAUGGAUUGUCUCCGAAUCCGCUGGCAGGUGGCGGGCAGUCCCGACCAAAGGAGCUUCCGGCGCUUCGCGCUGCACGUGGUGCGCUCGGAGGGCCUUUGGAAGGGCCUGUGGCGCCCGGGGCUGCCCACCAACAUGUGCGCCGUGGCAGUUUCACAGGGCUUGCGCAUGGGACUUUACCCAACAGCUCGUGAUGUGCUGCAGUUUGCCACAGGGCACCGGGAGAAGAGCAGCACUGCCAUGCUGGGAGCUGGAUUGACCGCUGGGUCCUUGGCCUAUUUCGUGGGUGCCCCCUUUUGGUUGGUGAAGACGCGGCAGCAAGCGCAGCGGCAGUUUGCAGCCGAGGGCCGGGCAUUAUUGGAGAUCUUCCCCGCCAAGUUCGGACCAGCCUACUGGCAAGGCUGCAGCCCACUGAUUGCGAGGGGUGCAUUGCUGACUGCUGGUCAGAUGUUCGGCUACGAUGGCACCAAAACCACGGCACGGAGGUGUGGCUUGCAAGAUGACCCUAUGCUUCAUGUUGCAGCGGCCGCCUGUGCUGGCUUCAGUGCUGCCACACUGUCAGCACCUGCUGAUGUCGUGAUGACCAGGUACCAAAGCAGCAGCGGCCAGACGCUCCUGCGGUGUGCGGGGCACGUGCUCGAAGAAGGAGGUCCUGCAGGCUUCUUCCGUGGUUGGACGGCGAAUUUCUUCAGGCUGGCUCCAACCUUCACUGUUGGAAGUCUCAUCUACGAGCAGUGCCGGCUUUUGCUGGGGCCCCGCCGCCGCACGCCCUCACGCUUGGCCGCCUCGAGGGGGCGCAAAACUGCCGAGUCGCAGGCCCCGCCGUGGCAUCGCCCGGUUCAUCGCUUGCUCUCCCUGUUCGGCUGCCGCCAAGGCUUUUGA